CACACGUCGAGGGCGGAUGAAUCAGAAAACGGGAAAUGAACCACGUGUUGGUUUCCUAUUGGGGGAUAGAAAAAGCCAAGCGGAAAUCUCAGAAUUACCGUCACGUGUCGGUGGUCAGAGUCGCCAUUUAACGCGGUGGUGCCUGGUGAUGGCGAGGGCGAUGGUGGUGGGAACUGGGAAGUGGCCACUACCUGCAGCAGCAUUACGCCCAUUGAAGUGGAAGGCUGCUGUAGCAUGGGGGUUAGGCGUGGCCUGGUGUAGGGUAAUAGCCAUCGGUUUAGGGUACAAUAAGACGAUCUGCAACACCAACAACAUAAAGAGGAAGAGGAAGAAGAAGAUUGGGAUUACGAAUAUAAAGGGAAGGGAGGGGUUGAUGGAUUGGUGGGAAAAGAUGUUAUUUCCUGUCAGGAGAGUUUGGAUUGCUGUCGCUGCUCGUGUCAAGGCUCGCAAAAACGGUGGUGGGCUUUUGAAGCUGCACGACGAUAUACAGACCUGCGGAUACGAGGACGUGAGAGUGAUGUGGGAAAUGCUGACGCGGUCUGAAUCGGAGCUGUCGUCGGCCCAUCGCAAGCGCAAGCCCAGGCCCAGAUCCAGGACGAGGCCCAGGCCUUUCUGGAGGGUCCUGGUUUGGUCACCUCAUCCUCAUCCUCCUCCUCCGCCUCCUCAGUCCUCCCCAAAUUAGUUCACGUGGGAGAGUGCAAAAACAGGGCAGGAUUAAUUAAUGGAGCCCUUAAUUAUUACUGCAAUAAUAAAAAUAAUAUUUAAUGUAAUAUAAGUUAAUAAUGUAUGUAUGUAUGUAUGUAUGUAUGCAUGUGGUGGGCCGCACCCAUUGUAUUUUUUUUUUUUAAAAAAGAAAACACGAAAAAUGCCGACAUUGGAAGCUGUAAGUACCGUUUGGACACUGUUGCAAGGGUGUUGUCCAAACAGUGUGUAUCUCUCUCUCUCUCUCUCUUCUCUGUCUCUUCCUCUGUAAUAUGUAAUAUAUGAAUAUAUUUAUGUAGGCACCGAAAAAAGAAAUGGCACAAGUCAUUUUUUGCUCCUGUAA